GGGCAAAAACUUAGCUAUAAAUAGAGAUAUAAGUUAUACCAAUAUUCAUUCAUGGCCUUCACAAAAUUAUAGCAUAUGUGUUAUAGAGCUAGAGCAUAUAUAUUAUAUUUACAUGGAGAAACUAAAGAGUUUUAGUUAUCUUAACAACAAUAUAGAUUUAGCUAUGAAUGAAGAGAACAACACAAAGUUACUAGGAGCUCAAGCCCACAUAUGGAACCAAAUCUUCAACUUCAUCAAUUCCAUGUGCUUAAAAUGUGCAGUUGAAUUAGGCAUACCAGAUAUUAUCAACAACCAUGGAAAACCCAUGACCAUUUCUCAACUCACACUUGCACUCCCCAUCAAUAAAAACAAAUCUCAUUGUCUCUAUCGCCUUAUGCGACUUUUAACUCACUCUGGCUUCUUCGCUUUAGAAAAAACCAAAUUAGAAGGAGAAGAAGAAAAAGAAGGCUAUGUAAUUACUGAAGCAUCCAAAUUACUCCUCAAGGACAAUCCUAUGAGCGUUACACCCUUCUUGCUACUCGUGCUCAACCCUGUCUUGACCAAAUCUUUCGAUGUUCUCAAUACUUGGUUCCAAAAUGACAGUCCAACCUCAUUUGACACGGCCAAUGGGAGGACGUUUUGGGAUUAUGGAAGCCAUGAGCCGAAAUUAGCGCAAUUAUUCAAUGAUGGAAUGGCUAGUGAUGCGCGAUUGGUGACAAGUGUGGUGAUUGAGAAGUGUAAGGGUGUGUUUGAGGGAGUUGAAAGGUUGGUUGAUGUUGGAGGAGGCACUGGAACUGUUGCCAAGUCUAUUGCAACUGCUUUUCCUCAAAUUGAGUGUAGUGUAUUGGAUUUACCACAUGUGGUUGCUGAUUUAGAAGAUGAGAAUAACCUCAAAUUCAUUGGUGGAGACAUGUUUGUUGAAGUUCCAACUGCUGAUGUAGUUUUGUUGAAGUGAAAAUUACAUGAUUGGAACGAUGAAGAAAGUGUGAAGAUACUAAAAAAUUGCAGAGAAGCCAUAUACAAAAGUAAAAAGAAAAGUGGAAAGUUGAUUAUAAUAGACAUGAAUAUUAAAAAUGAUAACAAUGAAAAUUCAUUUGAAACUCAGCUUUUUUUUGAUAUGUUGAUGAUGGCUUUGGUUAGUGGACGAGAGAGAAAUGAGAAAGAAUGGUCUAAACUGUUCAAAGAUGCGGGUUUCUCUUGUUACAAGAUUACUCCUAUUUUAGGUUUAAGAUCUGUAAUUGAAGUUUAUCCAUAAUUUACAAUGAAUAAGUUGUAAUAUUUUUAUAACUUAAUUUGACAAUUAUUAAUGGUUGUCUUCUCUCUGUUGGCAUUGUAAUAAAGAGUAAAUAAUUAUAUAUUAAUCUAUGAGAUAAUGUAAUAAGGCACAAAUGAAAUGGGAAACAAAUAUGUAGAGUGUUAAUUCUAUAUUAGCUGGUUCAAGGUGCU